CGUCCCCUGUCGCCGGUAGCCUCCCGGGGCCGGGCCCCACGGUGGCCCCGGGCCCGAGCUCCACCUGCACCGUCAGGUCGAUAGGCUUCACGUCCUCGGCCCCGCCCCCUGCCGGGACCGCGACGGCAGCGGCAGCAGCGGGGCCCUGCGCGGCGGCAGCGGCGGCAGCAGCAGCAGCGGGGCGGGGGCGGCGGGCGGCCCGCUGCGCCUUGCGCUCGUUGACGCCGCGCAGCGGGAAGAUGGUGGGGACCCGUACUAGGUAGGACUUGCGGCCGCCCUGGAAGUGCUCGCUGCAGACGCGGUGGCCCGUAGUGGGCUGGAAGGUGCUGAAGCAGCCGCUGACGCCCGCCCGGGAGACGUUCUUCAGCCAGAGGCGCCGCAGCUCCUCGUCCUUGGGGAAGGUGUAGAAGUGCAGCGCUUUGUCGCGGUGCGAGUUGUUGUAGCAGCCCGGCACGCAGCAGGUGAAGCCCGGCAUGGCGGGGAGGGGGGAAACGGCCGCGGGGGGCGGGGGGGUCGCCGAACUACAGCUCCCACAAGGCCAACCGCGGCCUCUCGCCGCCGGCCGACACCGCCCGCCGCGGCCGCACCGGAACUACGCGGACCACAAUGCACCACGGCGACAACGCCGACGGAACUACCCGCCCCACACUGCGCUGUUCCCCCGCCCCCGCCAAGGCCCCGCCCACUCCCGUGAGGCACUGCGCGCGCGCUCCGUUAGACUGCCGUGGGCGGCCGCCUUAGUGGUCUCCAAGUCCACCAACAGCUUGAUCACCGCUGCUCGGCUACCGGAGGGGCCGACCAGAUCUGAUCUAAAGAAGAAGAAAUUGGGCAGAAGUACUUCGAUGAAGCUGAGGCUAGCGCCACUGUUGUGUAGCGGUGACACACCACGGACUUUGAUCAAGAAAAUCAUCCACGUCGUUCCACCAGCUUCACCUGUGGUACCUGACAUAGCAAAACAUGAAGAACCAGAAGCGGCACCAGAAGAAGCUCAAGCAGAACUCCCAAGUGGGGGGCUUUCCAACAUGGAGGAAAUGCAGCUGUCAGAUCUUGUUCCUGAGGAGAGAGCUGUCUUCGCACCUCAUAUGAAUAAGAAGACAAAGCAACUCAGCAUUUCUGAAUUUGAGAGAGCAGUAAGCCAACAACUUGUCCAGAACCAAGCUCCAUCACUGCAAGACAGCACUUUGGCUGGAUCUCUUAGCAUGUCUCUUGGAUGCUUGGCCAGGCCAGACACUGUUGAAAGGAGACAGCUGUCCCGGAGGCCAAAGAAUCACAAACCUCUUGACAUAAAAGAUUUUGAAGACAAAGUGGAACAGGACAUGCUGAGGAGAAAAGCACAGAGCUAUCUUGUGGACUCAGAAAUGUCACCUGGGAGUCAAGCAACCAUGCUGACAAGUGUGGGUACAGGCAAGAGAAGGACCCAAGGAUAUUCUCAGGACUUAGUCCUUGAUCAUGAGCAUGUUGACAUUAUGAUUCCUGUAUCUUCAAAAUCGCCUGAAAACCCACCAGAAGGGAAGCAAGAUCAUUCCCAGUGGACUAACCCAAUGGAUCAGCUCUCUGUUUCAGAAGAAGUGGUGGUUGGCAAAGCAGCCUCUUCAGAAGAAGAGGGAAUAGCAGAAGCAGGUGUUGAAUACCACGGCUCUCCUGAACCUGAGUGUGAGAUUGCCCAAGGUAUUGGAGCUGGAAGUCUGAGUAAGCAUUCGAAUCCUACCUUUGAAAAAUCUGAGGUGGAGCCCUUCGAGAGUGAUGUUGAAGAAGCAGACGAACUACAGGACCAGCCUAUUUUGAUAGAAUUGGAUAGUCUAGAAGAGUCUACUGAGGAUGAACCUGAAGACGCUGAGAAUGAAAAGGAUUUCAUGAAGACACCCCUACUUGUCCAUGAUGAAGUCCACAAGCCACCACUGUUAACUCCAUCACCUGCAAAACCUGCUUCUCCUGAGCCUCUUCUGCAGCCACAGCAGGCAAAGCAAGUUCCAAAGCGCUCACGGAAAAAAACACUGAAGCCUGAACUGCCAAGUAGCUUGAUAAAGAGCGUAUUUAAGGACUAUGCGAAAAUGCCAGUGGCCGCACAAUCAUUCAGAGUUGUUGAAGAAUGCACCAAGAAAUACUUCAAGAAUCUCUGGAGUGAUCUGACAGCUUUGGCCAGCCAUUCCAAGAGGAAGAUAUUGAAUGUGUCUGACAUAGAAGUCCUCAUGAGAAGACAAAAGCUGGUGACAGACGAGAUGCCGCUGCAUGUGUUGAUUGAGCGUUACCUCCCUCUGGAGUACAGGAAGGUCCUGAUUCCAGUUGCUGUGAGUGGAAAUAAAGUGAUCCCUGAAACUAAACGCAGCAGAAGCCGCAGGCUGCGGAAAGGUGCCUGAUGGCUGGCACUGCUCCAUGCAAUGGUUUUCUACCAGUAACCAGUGAGGCAGUGAGCGGUCGACGUUUUCGGAAGAUGAUGUUGUGCUGU